CUUCAACGGGAUGCCUGGCAUCUGCUGCUCCCGCGCGACGCCGGGCUGCUGUCCGAUGGGCGCGUCGUGCGUGCGGUGCAACAUGCGCUUCAUCUGCUCCAACUCUGCGUACGUCUCGAAGAGCCACCGCUGCUCCAUGUGUGCCGCGCAUAACGACGUCCCUGCAGAAUGUCGCAGCGGCAGUAUGUCCCACGGUGCGGGGGGCCUUUUCCUCCUCCUCCUGCUCGUCCUCUGCGUUGGCUGCUUUUGCAUGCAGCAGCAGCAACAGUACGAGGCGCGCUCGUUUUAUGGCGAACCCGCCGUCGGCUACCCCCCGCCGGGAUACCAGGGCUACCCAGGGCAGCCAGUCUACGGCCAGCCCGCGGUCCCGAUGUACAGCCAGCCGAUGUACGGCGGCGGCUUCGGCGGUCCGGGUGUCGGCAUGGCCUCUGGCGCGGCGGCUGGGUUUGUCGGCGGCAUGGUCGUCGGCGAGAUGAUGAGUGGCGGCCAUCAUCACGGAGGCGGCUGGGGGGGCGAUGGCGGCAUGGGCGGCGGCGGCGACAUGGGCUUCGAGGCGGACAUGUGACGGAGCAGAACGGCCGCCGCCGCUCGCGCGUUAGGCUCCGGCUGAGCCUUAGAUUCCUUUCACAGCAAGGUAGGGAUGCAUCCUGUGGAGAGCGGGAGGCGCCGGGCAGCGCACAUCUUAAACACCGACAGGCGACACACCGGGACGCCUGAACGGAAAUGGCUUUGGCGUGUGUGGGGGGCACCCAGGUGGUUGUUGCACGAGUAUUCCCUAUGGGCCAAAAAAGCGUCGAAUGUCCCAAAAA